CCUCAGCUGUGCAGCUAGGUAAACAAACAGGAGAGGAGAGCAAACGAGCAGCAGCAGGCACUUUGCUGGCUCUGGGCUCCCUCGGGGGAAUUUUUUUUUUAAUUUAUUUUUAUCAAUUUUUAAGAAUUUUUAAUAAUAUCGUGUUUCCUACGAACUUUUAAUACUUUGAUACACUGGUUUUAAACAUUUUCUAACAACGAAACCUGGCAAGGAUUGGCUGUAGCUUGCCAGCUUGGAAACACUUUUUUUUUUUUUUUUCCCCCGUCAUUUCGACAAAGAGUGCUGAUGAGCCAGCGAAGACACUGACAACACGACGUUUUUAAUUUAGAAAUAAGUACAAUUCAGUGCAGUAAUAACCGACACACUGUCAAACGCGACCUGUCGUUGCUGCCGUUUGCGAAGCUAACGUCCCGUUAAACCGAAGCUAACGUCAACGGCAGCUAGCCUCAGGGAAGAAUGACGGCGGUUCAGUUGAUAAACAUCCAACGGUUACUGGAAGCCGCGGAGUAUCUUGAAAGGAAAGAAAGAGAGUGUGAACACGGAUAUGCUUCGACAUUUCCGUCAAAUCAGAACACAAACUACCAGAGGCAAAGAAAAUUCCGAAAUAAGAAGUUCAGCAGUAACCACAAUAGGUCCACACAUAAUGAGCUGGAGAAGAAUAGACGAGCUCACCUGCGGCUGUGUCUGGAGCGGUUGAAGGCCCUCAUACCCUUGGGACCCGACUGUAACCGCCACACCACCCUGGGCCUGCUCAACAAAGCCAAAGCACAUAUAAAGAAACUUGAAGAGGCAGACAGGAAGAGCCAGUACCAGCUGGAAUCUCUGGAGCGCGAGCAGAGGCACCUCCAGCGCCAGCUGGAGCUACUGAGGGGAGGCAGCGGUGCUGCAGCCCAGAGCAGCCCAGGGGAGGGGGAGAGGAUACGGAUGGACAGUGUGGGCUCCACCCUCUGCUCCGACCGCUCUGACUCUGACCAAGAGGAGAUUGAGGUGGACGUGGAAAGCACGGAGUUCUCCCAUGGAGAGCUGGACAGUGUGAGCACAGCCAGCACCAGCGACCUGGACGACCACAGCAGCCUGCAGAGCAUGGCCAGCGACGAGGGCUACUCCUCCUGCAGUGUCAAACUUGCCUUCUCCUCCUAGAGCCCCAGACCACCACCACCACCACCACCACCUCCCUGCCAAACCUCCCCACAUACACCCAGUCACCUCCGACGGCGGCCACGCCCCCCCACCCAAGCUAACAGCGCUCCUGUCGCUCAUGCCUCUCAGCAGCGCCGCACCGCCUCUUGCUACUAGCCUUUAGUUGCCACCAUCACCCUGUCCUCCUCCCCGUCCUCUUUCUCCUGCGCUGCUGAACAUACUGAUGGAGGAGCUCCACUCAGAGCUCUCCCUCACUUCUGAACUUCGAGCCGCCCCGACCGACACCAGGGACCCAAACACAGUGUUGUGAGACUGCCAAUUGGUUUUAAUCCUCCUCCUCUAAUGGGAGAUGAGAGACUUAAAAAGAUAUACAUGAUCUUAAUUCUGAAUGAUUUUACUUCUUUUAUUUCCUUGAACUGUCAAAUGUUUUUUAAAGAUCCACAACCCCUGAUUUGAUCCAAAAUGCACUUAAAUUCUUAUGAUAUUGAAAAGUUUCUGUUCGGUCUCUCUCCUGUGGGUGUGUGUGUUUGUGUAUGCGUGAGCUGGUCCUGUGUAGCCCAUCUUAACAUUCUGGUGUUGGGCCUGGAUAAACGGGAGCACAUCUAAUCUGGACUGUAAUGAACACUGUGGGUGAACUUUGCCAUAUCAACACAGCUUGGCACUGAUAAAUGUCUCUACAGCCGUGAAUUUAAUCCUUUUGUCUCAUCGUUUUUUUCAUCACCUCUGCUCGACACUGCAAAAGCUCAGAACACUCGAACUGGUGCUAUUGUGAAACAAACCAACGGGGGAAGCAGAUCAGAUCCACCACCACCGCUGAGCUUUUAGAGCAAACACAGUGUGUCUGCCGUGAUUGUUUUCAACCAAGCGUGGAGGAAAACAACCACAAAAAAAAGCUAAACAAACAAAAUGGAGGAAAAGAAAAAAAAAACAUUCCUGUUGAAUGUGGGUGCUCAGUGCAUUUUCAAAGAGUGGAAAUUGUAACUUGUGUGUGUGUGUGUGCGUGUGUGCGUGUGUGUGUGUGUGUGUUUUGUUUUGGUUUCUCCCCCCUCCCCGGGUAAAAAAUGAGCAGCUAAAAACAAGCUAUCCUGCACUCGCCUACUUUAGAGCUGUCCAUAGAAAUGGCACAAACAAAGAAGUGAAAAACACCAACAACAGCAACAAGGAAAAAGUCCAAACAACAACAAACUUCGGAAUAGAUGUCCAUCCUCUUUCCAGCAGUAACAAGCAAUAAGUCUUGUAGUUGUUUUUUGUCUCCUUCCUGUUUUUUUUUCCCUCCCCCUAAAGACUGUGUGACCGUCCAAAAAGCAAAUUUCUUUUUUUCUUUUUUUUUUGUACAUACAAAUAGUUUAAUAAUUAAACUUAAAAAAAAAAUGAGUUUGAAAAAAAAAAAAGGUAGAGCUCAUGGGUAGAACUAUUGCCUCUGUUGCUGUUUGACCUAUGUUUAUUGUGCAUUUUAAAUUAAUUUUUGGAAAGAUUUUAUCCUCUUCAGAGUGGCAGCAGAUGUGGGCGUGGACACUAUUUGGAAACACUGAAAAGUUACUAAUUUUGUUGCUGCCCUGAGAGGGAAAAGAAAACUCUUCAGCAGUGUGAUUAAACCCAAAAAAGAGAAAAAAAAAACAAUAGAACAACUUUCCAUCUAGUUGCGAUAAAGCGACCCAGUAGGUCUUCUGCCGGAGAAUGCUGAGUCUGUGUGACACUCUUGUUAUUUAUUAGAUUUUUUUUUUUCCUCUUAUUGAUAAUGUUCAUGAAUUUGGGGGGGGGGGGGGCUGUAAAUGGCAUUCCACUGGUGGUCAGGUGAUCUGUGGAGGAAAAGUCUGAAGUGUGUGGGCACAAGAAAACGGGUGUUAUGAUGUCAAUGUUCACCAUCCCAACUCCACUGGCAUUAAGAAUUGCACUUCAAACACAGUUCUGUAUUUUAUUUUGUUUUCUUUUCUGCUGUCGUUUUCUCUCUUGGAGCUCUCAUCAAUCCUUUUGUAUGUGAAAGAAAAGAAAAAAAAACGGCCUUUUAAAUAUUUAUUUCUUCAAUCCCUCAAAGAACACAAGCAAUGGGGAAAAACAAGUUAACUUAUUUUGUUUUCUGUCUUAUUUUACUCCUCUUAUUUUGACGCUUAUUCCUCAUUCCUUAUUUUAAGAAUUGUAUAUUUUAUGGGUUAUUGUUAUUUUUUGGGGGGCGGGUGGGUUGGUGGGAGGGGAUGAGAAAUGUAGCCAUUUUUUUUGUUUUGUUUUCAUUUUUCUGAUGUUUUAUUCAAUGGACACUUGAAAUGUAAUUGGCCCCUAAGCUGCUCCUAGUGCUGAGCCUCGCCUGUUUAGAGUCUCCAGCCUUGUCCAGAGCUGACUCCCCUACAACUGAGUGACAGAAUGGCUUCCCUCCAUACCCAGCCUUCUGACACAAGGUGAAACAUUCGCCAUCUUGUUUAGAAAUUCUUCAAUCCAGUUGUUGAGGAGGAAGGGGGGGGGGGGGUUACCUCUGCACAAGGCUUAUCGAUAGCCAAGACUUUACUGGCAAAUAUUGAGCCAGCUACUACACAAUAAAGGGGGUCUAAAACUCCACUUUCCUCUAUUUGGAGGAUUGUAGUCUCUAUUAGACUUGUGUUUUAGUUGACAAAAUGUGUCUUACAUUUACAAUACAAGCCCUCUGACUGAGGAUUUAAAGGAAAAGAAAUAAACAAAAAAGAACAAAUCCUUUGGUUUCUCUGAAGGACAUCAUUAAGGUGUAGAGUUUGUAAGCUCUCUGCGGAGCUGUGUUGAGGUUGUCGGACUUGGCACUGAAUCAGAAAGUCACCAAUCUUUGGUGCUUGAUUAUUUAAAAAGACAAAAAAAAAAAUGCCAAAACCACCUCAGAACACCUCAGUGUCCUCUCUCUUUCUCUCUUUCUCUCUUUCUCUCUCUGAGGGACAGUUUACAUUUAUUCUUCCCCUGUUUAAGUUAUUAACCUUCAACUUCUCUUUGUUUCUGUUCUCGUCUUCAUACGUUGGUUUUAUGAACCUGCACUGCUGACAGGAAAAAGGUCCCGUGUUUGACGACAAAGUGAAUUUCAGUCCUCGUGCAGACCUGGAUCAUAUCCUAGUAGUGUUUUAACCUGAUUCGGAGUACAGUAUAUUUUUACUACACAGGGACAAUUCUGAUCUAAUUGUAUUGUCUCAUGUGGAAAAACUACUCUGAUCUUGUAUUCCAAAAAGGGAUAAAACAAAACUAUAACAACUGAUUUUACUCAAGCCAGGUCCGUCCUCUCUCAUGUGAGUGUACAGUGUGUGUGUGUGUGAGCAUAUGUGUUUGUGCGUGUGCGUGUGUGCGCUCCAUGUUCUUACUAAGGCUGAGCUUUAGAGAGGCACACUGAUCCAUAACUUGUUUGCACUGAUCUGAGUUUUCCCAUAAUUAUCAUACUCCUGGAGAGUCAUAAAAAAGACACGUAUAUCCAGUGUGAGAUACGAUCAGUGUGUAACAGUCACAUCAUUUUGCACUGAAAGUUAACUGAGCUCAGUUCAGUGCAGGCUGGUCAUGGAUCAGCCCAAGUUAGUUGUGAGGUCUGACUUAAGAGUUUCUGGCUAUGCUGCAGAUUCAAAACAAAAGCAUAUCUUAAUAAGCUGGUGAUCACAAAGCUAUAUUUUUACCUCUGUGUUUAAGGUUAGGUUUAGACAUGCAGUCCUGACUAUGGUUCAGGUCAGGGUUUAACUUUUCAGGAGUGAAUUACAGUUUUGCAGCUUGGCCAGAAGUGCACCAGCCCAAUGAAAUGGAAGUUGCAGUUGUCUUUUGUAAACCACACUCCAUUCUGGCGUCGGUCUCACAGGAGGUUGACUUUGAGCAAACGGGUCCACACGAGGUCAAGUUAGCCUAACCAAUCAAGCAGUAGGGAGUGCUCCCGUUGUUCUGAACCUGUGGCCAUCCUUUGUAAAACAUGCAGUCUGAUGAUGAUUCUAGCUGUGUAAGUUGAAGAUGCAAUACUUACAAUAAAAACACCAAGAUUUCCAAACCUGAAU